GUUGCUACUCCACAGGUUGACAGCUGUACAACAACUUCAACCGCCUGAAAAUUCUCGGCUCCCCAAAUUGGUUUCUUUCUUCUUCUGGCAAGAAAACGUUGCCGCCGUUUCCAAUCGUAAAGCAAAAAACAUGGAGAAGAAGAUCAAGAAAACGUUGCUAGGAAUUCAAAAGAACAACAGAAAGUCGACCAAGAGAAACAAGCAGACAUUACUCAAGAACGUUGUGGAUUAUCUCAGAGCCAAUUCAUACUUUUUUGGAGUGAAAAUAAAAGAACCCAUUAGAGAAACCAAGAAGAAGUUUAUAGGGAAGGUUAUGGAGUAUCUCAAAUCUGAUGAUUACAUGUAUGCAUCCUUGGUCUACGGUCCGCUUACUAUUUCAGUACAUCAGAAGCUUUACUAUGGAUAUCUCAACAGGGAAAUCGAUUACAGGGGAAAAUCAACCAACCAUACAGUCAGCAAAUAUGACAGCAAAAAAUCAGCCCUUUAAGGAUAGUUUUGGAGGAAUGAGUGAUCCUCCUAGCAACCGAACUUCAGGGAUUGGAGAAACAGUGAAACACAUGGUUUACCAAAACUGUCGCUCCUCAUCUGUAUCAGGAAAACGAAUGAGGGAAUCACAGAUAGGGGAAGUCUUUAUUGAGUGAAGCUAAUAUACAUCAACUUAAUGAAACUGGAUUGGAUGUAGCUCUUAAAUCUCUUGAAUUUCAGCAUGUAUCGUCAUAUCAGGGUCAACUUUGGGAAAAACAGGAAAAUAAUAACUUCUAGGGAGGAGACUAUACAUUAUACCUUCCUCACAUACAAGAAAGAUUGCAUAUUGCUUCUCCUAGCUUCCCGGUCAAAAAGGAAAGUGAUAUGAAAGGGAAGUUCCUAGGUCAGGCUCAAGAAAUUUGACAAAUAUUGUACUGUUGAGAGAGGAUUACGUGCUGAAUUAUUGGCAACAAUCAACUAGUGAUGUUUGGUAAUGGUAUUUUGUCCAAAUAAUUAAGAUGGGUAUUC